UUAGUUUAUUUUUUUUUUAAACUGUAAAAGUUUUAUUUUUUACAUCUAUACCAAAGAAUAUCUUAAGGUGUCAUAGGUUUUAAUAUAAGGUAAGGAAAAAGUACAGUUGCAGUCUAGAGAAGGUGACGUGUACGAGAAAGAUAAUCAAGUAAUGGCGUAAUCUUAAUGUAUGUGCCGAGUCAAAAUUCGGUUCUUUCGAAGAAGCAAUAAUCGGUGUACACGCAAUUUGAGCUAGUCAUCAUUCGAGCUUUGUGAAUAGUCGUAACACAUCAAUUGUCAUAAAUCCAACGAUCUGUUGUCCCAUAGACGAUGGCGGAAACUUUGAUAAGCAUUGCCUGUUUCAUUGAUCCAAUCAUUGCUAUAUUACUUAGCAUUAUCUUAUUACCGACCCUUGUCGUCAGUUAUCUAGUUUGUCAGUGGUCAAAAAGAUGCUGGGUACGAUUUAUCAAAUGGAAAUAUCCAAAUUGCAUUAUAGUUGAAGAAAGUAACACAAGAAGUAUACUAGAUCAAGGCCGAAAUCAAGGCAUUUAUACAUUGCUGGUGGAAUGUCCGUCAUUGGUUACGGAACAUCUUAGAAAUCAUUUGGUUCACCUGGCUUCAACCAAGCCAUUACUCCGUAUGGCCUUAACUACCAAGUGCUAUCGAUAUGCAUGGGAGAAGCUUGAAAAUUUCUCUGUAGACAAUCAUUUAAUCGUUUCGUCAAAUUCUUUCAAGGGUCGACCAAUUACUGAAUCCAAUGUACAGGAGUACGUGAGCGAUCUAACAUCCAAGUACCUUGCAGCCAGUCAUUCGCCAUGGCAAGUCCAGGUGAUUGGUCGAGACCAACAGUUGAACCGUCACUAUUUGGUGCGGGUACACCAUUUAUUGCUGCACCAGGCGCAUCUUGUCCUCGGCGACUUUCUACCAUUAAAUCACACCCAUUGGUUAUGUGCGGACACCCGUGAGCCCAUUCUUGGCUCACCAUUUACUAGUAUUUAUGCUGAAAUCUCUGCUCUUCCACGCCUUCAAGAGGAACUCGCAGAAAACUUCAGUAACGUAUGGAAUGAGUUCUUAUGUAACAAUGAUCCAAUCGAACGGACUGAGAUACUAAAAAAAAGGAUUACUCUAUGGCAUUGUGCAAAAAUUACUGUAAUCGUAUGUUUCUCUACGCUCAAAGAAUUUAUUAGACAAUAUAAACGAAAGGAAAGUCUACGCUUACGAGAAUUGUGGCAGAUGUACGAGCAUGAAGCGCAGAAGCGCAACUUCAGUUGGUCGGUGGUCUUCAAUGCUCUCUUCAAUCUUCUCAAUCCCAUUGAAAAUCUGCGUCUAAUAAUCACUUGGAUCUGGUACUUUCUGAUCAGUGCCAGCAUUAAGGCUCCAAUUAUGUUGUGGCGAGAAAUUCGGACAGCCAUUCUACUUCACAAGCAUAACUACUACUCUGACAGUGUUGUAUCAACUCUGUCCUAUUAUCUACCAUUAUUAUUCAGGGCAAGUCUAGAGGUGAUCUCAAUUUUGGUGAUCAUUGUAAAUGCGCCAUUCGCUAUUGUAAGAGAAUUAUUUAGCAAUCGAGAUAACGCUAAUUUUCGAACUGUUUCUCAAAGUGGACGUAAGGUAGUAGCCUGGUCUGAAGAAAUCGAAAUCGCUUUUUUACAAAAAAUGUCAACAUUAAAUGGUGCUAGCGUUACUGAGAAUCUCCUUGCCGCAGCUGUUGAUUCUUUAAAAGAGUAUUUCAGGUAUUCCGGACAGUCAAUACCCAACGAGAUAUUGGCUACUGCCAAUUUCACCAGUCAGAAAACACUGUACGUGAGUGACUCUGAUGCUACAGGCUUACUGUGUCUCGCCUUACCUACAAAAACACCAUUAUUGAAAGAAUCUAAUAAUCUAAUAGGAAUACUUCAGAUUGUUCAGAGGAAUGUCGAAGAAGCAAGGAGAAAGCAACGAGCAAUUUACGCUAUAACUGCUGCGGAAACGGCUUCAGGAUUUCUAACAUCAUGUUUACCAUCAAUACUUUUAAAAAUAGUUUUAAAUCAUCUUACAAGACGAUACUCAAUAUCAAUAACACAUGUAGAUGGGGACUUACCAGUUGAAGGGUUACAAUCGGCUAUUUUUUGGAAGCCACCACAGGGAAAUUGCAAUUUAUCAAUAACUUUACAUAGGCAUGGAAAAACGGUACGAUUAGGUGUAAUGGGCGAUGCGAUAAUUGGACCUCAACAUGCAGCGAUAACUCGUGGCUUUCCCGCCAGUCUUGAAAAACUGGCCCAAAGCCUGGGGUUAUCAACACCAAGUAGCAGAAGUUCCAAUACUUAUGUAUCGAGUAGCGUUACCUCUUCUAGCUACUGAAAAUUGGGCUAUUACUCUUCUCAAUGGUAAAGGAAAACCGACAUGUGAACGGCCAACAUAUCACGAAAGAAC